CCAGGCCCGAGGGGCCGAGCGGCGGCGGGGCGGCGGCGCGGGGGCGGCAGGCUCCGGACCCGGCCCGUCUGCAUCGCGGCGGCGUGGCAGAGGCGCGCGGAACUGUGAGGGCCCCCGCGGGAGGAACGUUCUCCUGGGUCUGCCUCCACUUUCAAUCUUCCACAUUUUUCCCAAGAGCAGCAGAAAAUGAAUAAAUCUCUGGGGCCAGUGUCAUUCCACGAUGUGGCCGUGGACUUCACCCAGGAGGAGUGGCGGCAGCUGGACCCUGAGCAGAAGACAACCUACAGGGAUGUGAUGCUGGAGAACUACAGCCAUCUGGUCUCCGUGGGGUGUCACAUUAUCAAACCAGAAGUUAUCAUCAAGUUGGAGCAAGGAGAAGAGCCAUGGAUAGUGGAAGGAGAAUUCUUCCUUCAGAGUUACCCAGAAGAAGUCUGGAAAGUCAAUGUGAUAGAAAGAGUCCAGGAAAAUGAAGACAAAUAUUCAAGGCAAAGUAUAUCCAUCAAAAACAAAACCCUGAUUGAAGAGAGAGGCAAUGUUCUUGGUAAGACUUUUAAUGUGGAAACAAACCCUGUUCCUUCAAGAAAAAUAUCCUAUAAAUGUGACUCAUGUGAAAAGAGUUUGAAGUCCAUUUCAGGAUAUAUUAGUAGUGAUGGAAGCUAUGCAAGACUGAAACCUGAUGAGUGUAGUGCAUGUGGAAAAUCACUUCUCCACAGGAAGCUGGAGAAAACUCAUCCGGAAGGCAAACCUUAUGUGUUUCAUCAAAAUAGGGAAGCUUAUAAUCUAAAUGAAGGAAGUAUUUAUCAGAACAUUCAUAUUUUGGAGAAACCCUUUGAAUAUAUUGAAUGCCAGAAAGCCUUUCAAAAGGAUACAGUUUUUGUUAAUCCCAUGGAGGAGAAACCCUAUAAGUGGAAUGAAUCUGAAAUAGCCUUUCUCCAAAUGUCAAGCCUCAGUGUACACCAGACAUCCCAUAUGGAAAUGAAGCCCUAUGAAUGCACUGCAUGUGGGAAAUCCUUCUGUAAAAAGUCAAAAUUUAUUAUACAUCAGAGGACUCAUACAGGAGAGAAACCUUAUGAAUGUAAUCAGUGUGGGAAGUCCUUCUGCCAGAAGGGAACCCUCACUGUACAUCAGAGAACACACACAGGGGAGAAGCCCUAUGAAUGUAAUGAAUGUGGGAAAACCUUCUAUCAGAAGUUACACCUCAUUCAACAUCAGAGAACUCACUCAGGAGAGAAGCCCUAUGAAUGUAGUUAUUGUGGAAAAUCCUUUUGCCAGAAGACACACCUCACACAACACCAGAGAACACAUUCAGGAGAGAGACCCUAUGUUUGUCAUGACUGUGGAAAAACCUUCUCCCAGAAGUCAGCACUUAAUGACCAUCAUAAAAUUCAUACAGGUGUGAAACUCUACAAGUGUAAUGAAUGUGGGAAAUGCUUCUGCCGCAAGUCUACUCUCACUACACAUCAGAGGACACACACAGGAGAGAAACCCUAUGAAUGUAAUGAAUGUGGGAAAUUUUUCUCUCGGUUAUCGUAUCUCACUGUACAUUACAGAACUCAUUCAGGAGAGAAACCCUAUGAAUGUAACGAGUGUGGAAAAACUUUUUACCUGAAUUCAGCCCUCAUGAGACACCAGAGAGUACACACAGGAGAGAAACCAUAUGAAUGUAAUGAAUGUGGAAAAUUAUUCUCCCAGUUGUCGUACCUCACUAUACAUCAUAGAACUCAUUCAGGAGUGAAACCCUAUGAAUGUAACGAAUGUGGGAAAACCUUCUACCAGAAUUCAGCCCUUUGUAGACAUCGGAGAAUACAUAAAGGAGAGAAGCCCUAUGAAUGUUAUAUAUGUGGAAAAUUUUUCUCUCAGAUGUCUUACCUCACUAUACAUCAUAGAAUUCAUUCAGGAGAAAAACCCUAUGAAUGUAAUGAAUGUGGGAAAACCUUCUGCCAGAAUUCAGCCCUUAACAGACAUCAGAGAACACAUACAGGAGAGAAAGCUUAUGAAUGUUAUGAAUGUGGAAAAUUCUUCUCUCAGAUGUCGUAUCUCACUAUACAUCAUAGAAUUCAUUCAGGAGAGAAACCCUUUGAAUGUAAUGAAUGUGGAAAAGCCUUCUCUCGGAUGUCAUACCUCACUGUACAUUACAGAACUCAUUCAGGAGAGAAACCCUAUGAAUGUAAUGAAUGUGGGAAAAAAUUCUACCACAAAUCAGCCUUCAAUAGCCACCAGAGAAUCCACAGGAGAGGAAAUAUAAAUGUACUUGAUGUAGGCAGGCUUCUCUGAAGUCAGACCUCAUUUUAUGUCAGAGAACCUUUUCAAUAUAAUGCGUAAGAAGCUCCUUCCGGGGAAUGUGGACCAGCCUUUUUGCAUUAGUCAGACUUGUAAUCUGAAAGUUCACAGGGUGGAAACCACAAUUGCAACAAGACCACAUGACUUGCUCAAUACCAGACUAUACAAGAGGAAAAUUUAUAAACCUGUACAAUGUAUAUACAUUUUACCAUGGAUUCAAAUUUUUAUAUAUCAGGGAAUUCAUACCAAGGGGAAAUGCUAUUUUAAGGAAAACAUACUCCUUUGGAAAUUAAUACUAAAAGUUAUGUUUCCGAUAUAAUAUCAAGCUUUUUGUAAAACAAAACAAAAGACCUGUUGUGAAUAAACGUACUCCUUGUGUAAAUAGAACCUGUAAAAUCAUCAGAUAGCUAAUCAAGACAGCAACCGAGCCACAUUAAACUUCUGUAAGUGGUUCCUGAGAGUACAGGACUUUCUGUUUCCUUGCUUUCUAGGAUGCUACAGUACACAAAUUGUAUGCUUAUUCUGAGUCAUGUUUGAAAAGGUGCUGUAUCCUUAGUAGAAUAAUUUGUAAGUCAUAUAGUGCUAUUUUAAAUAGCACCACCAUGUUACUAUCUUAAUAUGCAUUGCUAUUGAACUAAUAUUUGGUAGGUAUAAAGUAUUCUCCUUCUUGUGCUCUUCCCUGGCACUCAUAAAUGUAUUUGAUCAUUGUUAAUGAACUAAAUAUUCCAUAAAUAAGCCAAUGUUUUUUUAUGUUUUUAACUUUGAGUCAGCAAGAGAUAGACAUGUAUGCAUCAGAUAGGUAAGAGACUGCAUAGGUAGUUUUAAAUUGUCAAUGCCAGAAGUCUCCAGUAGUGAGAAACAUCUAAUGCUCAUUGAGCUGAACUGUAUACAGUUUAAAAAUGUACUUAAAAUAUUCCAAUUUUAAUCUAUUGUUUCCAUCUGUUUUUCAUUUGGAGGUCUACGUAAGUGUGCAGAGCAUACAUAUUAUGUCGCUUGGAAAUUAUCUGUAUUUUUAUCUGAUACAAUAAUGUUUUUAAACAUUGCUCUCUGCUCCUCCCUGUUCCUGAAUGAACUGAGAACACAUUCAUACGGCUUGUGGAGACAUUAUUGAAUCACCACCCUAGUUACUCAAUCUUUAGUGUUUGCUGGCAGAGUUUGGGUAUCCAUUUCUCAUGAAACGGGGGUAAAUCCUGAUUAGUUUCAACCAAAAUGAUCAUCCCUUUCUCACUACCAGCAAGAGUAGUCAUAGAACCCAAUUAUAAACACAUAAAAGAGGUAUCUGAUAGUUUGUUUCUGGAAAAGUUUUCCUCAACAUUCAAGGAAUCCUGCAGGGUGAAGUGGAAUCUUGUGUUGAACAUUUCCUUCUCCGUAUGUGAUGCCUGGUUAUCUCUUUCAACAAUGAAGGAGAAUUUAAGCAUGGCAGAGCAGACAGACUGGAAGGACCUGGACGAUGUUGUUGAGCUUCUGAACUACCAGCCGAGGAGCCACUCCACCUCUGGACUGUUUCUUUUGGGAAAGACUACAUUUAUUUUUAAGUCUGUUGACAGGUUGCUGCUCUGUUAGUGGUAACUGAAGAUACAGAGUUACACUUUUGUAGGAGUUACACAAUUGAGACGUGGACUGGAGGUAAAUCACUUAUUUUGAUGUGUUGAUACAGAGAUUUAUUUUCUGUAAAUUUUGAUGUAAGUAGUUUCAGCUUUAGAAACAAAUGUGUACAUUUCCUUAAAUUGUUACAUCAUUGACCUGAGGACCUUUGGAACCUGAUACAAUAUCAGAUAUACUUCCUUUUUAUAAUGCAUGACUUAGAUUUUGUUUAGGUUAAUUUGUGUUAAUUCAUGGAUUGUUGUUACAAUGUUAGUUGACACAUACGGUGUAAGGUAAGGACCUACUUUUGUUUGCUUCCCAGUGAUUAGCCUGAUAGUCUAUAUUUGAAUAAUUAAUUUACCCUUACUGAGAUGAAAUGCUGUAUUUUUCAUGUAUUUCAAUCACUCGUGACGCCUGUUUCGUUGCUCAGCUCUUCUCCCUGUUCUUCUAGAUGACUGUGAGUAUGCUACAUAACAGGAAUUAAAAGUCUGGUAGUUUGUA